GAGUCUCAGAUUACACAGAUUAUGAUGGGGUUCAGUCCCUGAGCUGCAGAGCUGAGGCGUGUUUGUGAGUCUGUCUGCUGCACGGUGUCGGUGUGUGUUGUGUCACGUGAUCGUGCUACCCUGCACGGUGUCGGGGUCUUAUGCUGCUGGCUGACAGCCUCUGAUCAGUUUCACUUUUUUUCCUGAUGAACUCAGAAAAUUAUCGAUGGCACGAUGACGCCAAAUUUCCUGCUCUGCGUUUAUUAAAUUACUGAUCAGCCAUCAAACGUUUCUGACGACUCACGUGACCGCCCCAUUUGACCCAUGUUCUCGCGAGAGGUGACGCGGCUCGUCGCGAGAUCCUCUGCAGCAACAAAUCGGCCGAUUCUGAAGACGAUCUGCUCGUUUCUGCGACGGGGUCAUGGAGGUGUCGUCGCACAGCCUCUUCCUGCUGCAGCAGCUCAACGUGCAGAGGGAAUUCGGUUUCCUGUGUGACUGCACGGUCGCCAUCGGAAACGUCUACUUCAAAGCUCACCGCGCUGUGCUGGCUGCCUUCUCCAACUACUUUAAGAUGAUCUUCAUCCACCAGUCCAGCGAGUGUAUAAAGAUCCAGCCCACGGACAUCCAGCCGGACGUCUUCAGCUACCUGUUGCACAUCAUGUACACCGGUAUGUGUCCCAAACAGCCGGUGGACCAGAGCCGGCUGCAGGAGGGCAUUAAGUUCCUUCACGCCUACCAGCUGUGCCGCAAAAGUGGCGAGGGUGCUGCUGAGACUGCCAACAACGUGGUCCGCAUGUCCAACCUCUAUGGCAUUCAGAUCUCUUCGCAGCUGGCCAGCAAGGAGGGACCCGGAGUCCCCAAGACCACCACGGUGUCUCGCGGGGCCGAGGAUGGGCGGUCCUCUGACCGAGGGGCCCGGUCUCACUCCCAGCUGUCCCUUGCUGUCGGACUGGAGGGGGUAUCAUCGGACCAUCAGGCCUCAGCGCUACGUUGCUCUGUGGCAUCCGGAGACGAUUCUGACAUCUCAACUACCCGUAUCAAGCAGGAACGCUUAGAGGAGGAGGAGGACGGCGAGGAGGGUCCAGGUGCAGGGUCUCCAAUUCAGGACAGCAGUCCCAUUCAGGGCCUCCUGUUCAAAGACCGGCCGCUAGUGCUGCUCUGUCCCCGCUGUGGAGAGCGCUGCUCCUCCCCAGAGGGCCUGCGGGAGCACCUAUUCAGCCACGCCCUCGACCCCGCCCGUCUCAUGGAGGGGCUGUCACAGGGCGGCGAGCUGGAAGCCGGCCUAGAGGAGGGUCCUCCAGGAACCCAGGAGCAGCUGGAUGCAGGAUGUUUGGAGGAAGCACUGAGACAGAGCCAGGCGCUAGCCAACCAGCUGGCUGCUGAGCUGAGGCGGAGCCGAGGAGGUGGUGGGAGCGGAGGAGGGGGGAGUAGCCCUGCUCCCUCCCUGCACUCACGCAAACGUAAGAUUGCCUGCGCCGUCUGCAGCCUACGCUUCUCCCACAAGAGCCAGCUGCAGGAGCACAUGUACACCCACACAGGCAAGCCGUCCCGCUACCACCGCUACAAUCGCCUCUGCAGCCAGCUCUUCCAGGCCUCCGCCCACUUCUGCGACAGUGCUGCUGAGCCUGGGGGAGGGGCUGGGGGUGGAGCCUCAGUGGGCACCCCCAUAGCUCUCUCUGAGGAGCCCAACAGGGACACUCAGGACAAUGGCAGCUCCUGCUAUUCCCUGGACUCUGAGAUCUCCCAGGAGAGUGUGGACGGCGUUCCGGUUGAGUGAUGCCAUCUGUUAUGAGGGAUGUGAUUGGACGGAAUAGUAAUUUCCGCGGGUGGUGGUGUUCUGAGUGUUUGGUAUGUACCUGUUUGGGAGUGUCUGUGUUUAAUCCAGUGAUGUGAUCAUGAGGUGCUGAGGUCAGCAGGUCGGACUGUUUGAUGCUCAGAAAUGUUGGCAAAACCUGACUGAUUGAUGAUUAAUGAUUAAUUGAUUGGGAACUGUUUCUCCGGUUUGAAACAUUUGCUGAUUUGUGCAUGUUGAACAAGUUUCUGGACUCUGAUUACAUGAUUCAUUGAUUAAUCAGCAGAUUAAUCAGAGAUUAAUGAUACGUCAGUACUUUGACUAAUGUCACUUCCUGUCAUUCAUGUCACUGCUUUGUAGUUCCUUCUCUGAAAUUGAGCCGGCAGAGACUAAACCUGAAAGCAGCCAACACUGAAGCCCAUCCGAGUCUGAGAGGACUGUGAGGAAGAGGAGACAGUGAGCACUGUGAUGUCAGAGCAAUCUGUGAUGUCAGAACCUUUCUGUGGAUGCACUGACAUGCUAACUACUAGAUUUCUACUACUCAGAUUUCUGUCAUUUGGUGUCAGAGUGUCGUAUAUACAAGGUGUAAUCUACAAGUUAUGAGAACAGGUCCAAACCAAAAACUGGAUUUAAAUCUGGCAGAUGUCGCAUUCAGGAUCAUCUUCCCCUGGUUUUUGGAUCUCUCAGUGGAAAUCCUGUCAGUUCUCCUUCCAGUUUUAUUUUUUUACCCACGUUUUCUUUCCCUCCAUCUUGCCACACAGGUUUAGGACUAAAAUGUACAGCAGUAAACCCUCUCAGUGACAAAUAACGAGUAAGCGCCGUACACCUUACAUGUAAAGUUUGAGUUAGUCUUUUGUCAAUGUUCAUCGUCAGAAAGAGAGCACGAGGCUUCUUGUUUCUGUCCUUUUAGUGUUGUCCACAAAGAAACAAAACUACAGUGCAGACUUCAGUAAAUAACACUGUACUGUUAAACGUAUUCACUCCUCUGCAUAUGACUAAUAAGAGUUCCUUCACUAGAACUAAGGGGCGGAGUCCAAGUCCUGAAAAGUACACCCACACCAUAAUCCCCCCCACCAAGCUUUACAUUUGUCCCGGUAACCACUGAACCUAGACUCAUCCAUCAGAGUGCCAGAUGGAGAAACGUGAUUGGUCACUCUGGCGAACAUGUCUUCACUGCUCUAGAGUUUAGUGGCAUUGUGCUUUACUCCACUGCAUGUGACGCCUUCAUUGCCCUUUGUGAUGUAAGGCUUAAGAUACAAAUGGUCAUCAUGGAAACCCAUUCCAUUAAAGGCCUCUAAUCUGAAGGCCACAUGAAGUCUGUAGUGGUUGACUCUGCAGGAAGUUGGCGACCUCUGUGCGCUCUGUGCCUCAGCAUCGGCAGAAAGUUUAUCACCACAGAGUUACAAACGUUAUCAGAUGGAAUACAGCAAAAACAUGCAGAUCAGAACAUGCAGGAAACACAAGACAGCGUCCUGGUUAGGACGAACAGAUCCCUUUGGAGGACCUUGAAACAUUCAGAUUUUGCUUCUGAAGGUUUUCCAAUGCUACACAGAGCUUUGAGAAGAUCCCGAGUACCCUGAAAAGGAGUGACAUCCUCAGAGGUUUGAAUGGAUAUCUGCCAGUGCAGUGAAUUUACACCCAGCUAACAGUCAACAGGACAAGGAGAAGAAGGCAGCAGCUACAGAAACGUACUGGCAGAAAUGACCUGAAGCCACCUGGGUUCGGAGCUCUACAGGUUCAAUAGUGAAGCCCGAGAGGCUGACCCGUCAGUGAGAUUAGCCGGGGUUAAACCAGGUUUUUAUUGGACCUCUUCCCUGAAGCUGCUCACACCCACCAACCUCAGUAUGCAGCACCAAAGACACAGAGGCAGAGCUAACGGUUCAGGUCAAAGCCACGACCUAACGUCAGUCAUCUUCUGCCAAACUGAGCAGAUCUGAAAGCUCUUAACUUCAUCCUGCCUCUGUUCUGCUUUUCUUUAGUUUCUGCUAAAGACGAGCUUACAGUGUGAGAUGUUGCAUUUCACCGAGGUAAACAUUAGUCCCUGUAGAAAAAUCUCUGAUUGAGGUGUUGCCCCUCAGCGGGCUUCCAGAAGCUGUUCAAUCAGGAUGAAGUGAGCUUAAACGGGCGCUCACACACAGAUGGGAGAAUUACACUGAGGGUGCUCCUACACGGAGUCGGGAUUAAAAAGCAGCUGAUGGUUUAACUUCAUUUAAAGGAUCAUUCCACAGUUUCUUCCGUCUGACUCGAACAAAGGCAAGCACAAAAAAAGACAGAAAGGACAGGUGGGAAAAUAAACGUGUCCCAAUCUGUGGGUCAGGACUCUCGCUGGGUCCCAGCCUACGCCCACAGGGGCACAUUUUUUAUUUACAUUUUCAAAUAAAGUUUUAAAAAUAUUCAAUCUUUUUUAUAUUUAUCAUAAAACUGUGAAAACUAAAAUCUUUUAACAGUCUAAAAAAUAAAAGCCAACAAAAAAGCACGAUCUGAAUUUUAUUUUAAAAAAGUUACUGUCAGCGUUUGAAAUAUUUUGUUGGAAUGCCCUAUUAACUUUUACAUUUUAUUUUGAAAUGGUUAUGCUCCUAUAUGUUCUAAACGUUUUAUUUUGAAGGAGUCAUAGUUUAUUGCAUUUGAAAUACCUUUAUUUUGAAGGAGUUACAUUCUGUUGCAUUUAAACCUUUUAUUUUGAAGGAUUUGAUGUUUGUUCAUUUUAAACAUUAUUUUGAAGGAGCCAGUCUGUUAUAUUUAUUUUUUAGUUUUUGAAGGAAUUGUACGCUGUUGCAUUUGAAUCUUUUUAUUUUGCAGUGGUCCUAUCUUGUAUUUUAAACCUCUUAUUUUGAAGAAAUCAAUAUGUUCUAUUCUAAACUUAUUUUGAAGGAGCACCAAGCUUGCAUUUUAAACCUCUUAUUGUGAAGGGGGCAAUAGUCUUGCAUUUUAAACCCUUUACUUUGAAGGAGUUACACUCUUGCAUUUUAAACCUCUUAUUUUGAAGGAGUUGAUCUCAAUUCCAUUGUAAACCUUUUUCUUUGAAAGUUUCCAUCAGCCAGAGGGAAAUUGGUGGUCUCUGCUGUUCCUUUCUGUGUCACGUGACCAGCGCUCAUUGAUGAUGAGGUGUUAAUGAUUAUUGAUCGUGUGUGUGACUGUCGUGCCGUCGUCUUAUUUCUGUGUUUCGCUGUAAAAAAGCAAACAGGAAGUUCAGUGUCAACAUGUUUUUGUAAAUGCAUCUGUUUUUCAUGGAUAGAACAAUAAAGUUUUGUAAAUAAAUGUUUUUUUU